AGAAUUACAGUGCCUCCUCACUCCACUCCUCUUUUUCCAACACGCCUCCACCAAAAUCCAUUUUUCAAGUCAAUAAAUUUACCUUCUGCUUGUCAUUUGCUGCAAUCCACUGAUACCCACGUUUGUUCUUUGGUACCAAAUGAUUGUGGGACAAGGGUAGGUAUUGAUCCAUUUUCUUGUCCUGUUUUCUGGGGUGGGUUGCUGUAUUUCUUUAUUUAGCUGCUGCCUGGGUCGAUUCCAGCUGCAAUUAUCAUACCAUGGCUGCAUUUGGCGUUUUAGCAGUGGUCUUCAGUGUGUACUGUAUGUGUUUUUUGGUGGAGGGGACGUACAUGGUUUACAACACCUCGGGAGGCGUUGUUCCAGGGAAGAUUAAUGUGCAUUUGGUUCCUCACACGCAUGAUGAUGUUGGGUGGUUGAAGACUGUUGAUCAGUACUAUGUUGGAUCGAAUAACUCAAUCCAGGUUGCAUGCGUGCAGAAUGUGUUGGAUUCACUGAUUCCAGCGCUUUUGGCUGAUAAAAACCGGAAAUUCAUUUAUGUUGAACAGGCGUUUUUUCAGCGGUGGUGGAGACAGCAGAGUGAUGGGAUGAAGGAUACGGUCAAAGUACUAGUUAGCUCGGGUCAACUUGAGUUCAUAAAUGGUGGGAUGUGCAUGCAUGAUGAGGCAGCAACACAUUACAUUGAUAUGAUAGACCAGACAACACUAGGCCACUGGUACAUAAAACGGGACUUCAAUGUCACUCCUAGAAUUGGCUGGCAGAUUGACCCGUUCGGUCAUUCUGCUGUACAGGCUUACCUUUUGGGAGCAGAGGUGGGAUUUGACGCUCUAUACUUUGCACGUAUUGACUACCAAGAUAGAGCCAAGAGGUCUGCUGAGAAGAACCUUGAGGUUAUCUGGCAGGGUUCAAAAAGUCGUGGUUCUUCCUCCCAGAUAUUUACUGGUGCUUUCUAUGCCGGAAAUUAUGAGCCUCCAACUGGUUUUUAUUAUGAAGUCAAUGAUGAUUCCCCUAUAGUACAGGAUGACAUCGAGCUGUUUGAUUACAAUGUUCAAGAACGUGUCGAUGCCUUUGUAGCUGCUGCCUAUUUUCAGGCUAAUGUUACUCGUUCCAAUCAUAUAAUGUGGACUAUGGGAACAGAUUUCAAAUAUCAAUACGCGCAUACGUGGUUCAGGAAUACGGACAAGCUCAUACACUAUGUGAAUCAAGAUGGCCGCGUCAAUGCCUUCUAUUCAACUCCAUCUAUUUACACUGAUGUGAAACAUGCUCUGGAUGAACCGUGGCCUCUUAAAUCCGAUGACUUCUUCCCGUACGCCGACCGUGAAAAUGCUUACUGGACUGGAUAUUUUACAAGUAGGCCUACCAGUAAAGGAUAUAUCAGAGUGCUGAGUGGCUACUAUUUGGCAGCAAGACAGUUGGAGUUCUUUGUAGGAAGAAAUAAAUCCGGUCUUACAACCGACUCCUUAGCUGAUGCUUUGGCAAUAGCACAACACCAUGAUGCUGCUACAGGUACUGAGAAGCAGCACGUGGCUGAUGACUAUGCAAAACGACUUUCAAUAGGUUACGAGGAGUCCAAGGAUGUUGUAGCUGCUUCCCUUGGUUGUCUAACUCAAUCACCAUUGUCUUCAGAAUGCAAAAUUUCUAUCACAAACUUCAACCAGUGCCCGCUGCUGAAUAUAAGUUAUUGUCCUGCAACAGAAAUUGAUCUUUCCGUCGGGAAAAAAUUAGCAGUUCUUGUUUACAACCCUCUAGGGUGGAAAAGAACAUCUGUUGUCAGGAUUCCUGUCAUCAACGAGAAUCUCUCAGUAUCAGAUUCUGCUGGAAAAUUGAUUUUAUCGCAGCUUCUUCCUAUAGUUAACGCUUCAGUAUCCACGAGAAAAUUCUAUGCUAGUGCAUAUACGGGUGAAUCCCCUUCAUUCGUCCCCAAAUAUUGGCUCGCUUUCACAGCAGUUGUUCCGCCUCUGGGUUUUAGUACUUAUGUGAUCUCAAGUGGACAAUCUUCUGCCACGACUGAACUUAUACCAAACACCGUUGGUACUGGUGGCAUUGAAGUCGGAUCAGGCAAUUUGAAGCUUAUAUACUCUGGAAAGGAUGGCAAGCUUAUGAAAUACAUUAACCUCAGAAACUCGGUCAAUGUCUCUCUGGAGCAAUCAUAUACUUAUUAUGUUGGGAGUACUGAUGAACUUCAGGCUUCUGGAGCAUAUGUUUUUCGGCCAAAUGGCACUCAUACAAUACAGUCUGAAGAAAAGAUUCCACUAACAGUAUAUAGGGGGCCACUCUAUGAUGAAGUUCAUCAGACAUUUAGUUCAUGGGUACAUCAGACCACAAGAGUUUACAAGGAGAAAGAACAUGCUGAGAUUGAAUUUACUGUCGGACCCAUACCCAUAGAUGAUGGGAAUGGAAAAGAGAUUGUGACUCAACUCAAAACCAUGAUAGGAAACAACAAAACAUUCUAUACAGACUCAAAUGGGCGUGAUUUUCUGGAACGGGUUCGAGACUACAGAGCUGACUGGGACCUUCAAGUUGACCAACCAAUUGCUGGAAAUUACUACCCAAUUAAUCUUGGAAUUUACAUCAAAGAUACGAGCACAGAGAUGUCAGUUUUGGUGGAUAGAUCAGUUGGAGGGUCAAGUAUUAUUGAUGGCAAAAUCGAGAUAAUGCUGCACAGGAGGUUGCUUCAUGAUGAUGGUAGAGGUGUUGCCGAGGCUCUAAAUGAAACCGUAUGUGCCCUUGAUACAUGCACGGGUUUGACUGUCCAAGGAAAGUACUAUCUCAGAUUUGAUCCACUCGGAGAGGGAUCCAAGUGGCGUCGAUCGUUUGGACAGGAGAUAUACUCACCUUUCCUCCUGGCCUUCAGUGAGCAGGAUGAUAAGUGGACAAAUUUCCCAACACCAACUUUUUCGGCCAUGGAUCCUUCUUACAGCCUACCUGAUAACGUCGCAAUUAUAACACUCCAGGAACUUCAAGAUGGCACUGUUCUCCUCCGUUUGGCGCAUUUAUAUGAGGUUGGAGAGGACAAGGACUUAUCUAGCUUGGCAACUGUGGAAUUGAAGCGGGUUUUUCAAAAUCGGAAGAUCAACAAAAUCAAGGAAAUGAGUCUAUCUGCCAACCAAGAAAGAGCAGAAAUGGAAAGGAAAAGAUUACCUUGGAAAGUAGAAGGCUCCAACACAGAAUCUCUCUCUGAUUUGAGAGGUGGUCCUAUAGAUCAUGAGAAGCUGGUGGUCGAGCUCGCCCCCAUGGAAGUGCGGACCUUCAUCCUCGACUUCAACUCAGAUAUUGUUCCAUACAACACGAGGUGAGUUGGUUUUUCAUGCUGCAUUCUGGAGCAAUGCCCGGGAAGGACAUCGAUCUUGUUAGUUGGACACCUAUGUAAAUAGCUCGAUAGAGAGUUCGAAUAACGGCUGCUGACAUGUCGGAUGCAUCAGAAUGCUUUGAGAAUAAACAGCUGGUUUUCUUGGUGAGAUGUGAUCAUUGUUACUUUGUUGUCUCUAUCUCUCCCUCUCUCUUGUAGUAGUUGAAUUGAGAGAAUCAUGGAUCAUUUAUGUCUUUUUUCUUGUUUUGUAAUAACAAGGAUUUUUCCUGCAA